AGUUAAUUCCUUUUCUCCACUCUUGAGUCACACACAUAUAUAUAUAUCCCUCUCAAGCUUCCAUUUCCUCAACUCACGUAUUCUGUUGGGGUAGAAAGCAGAGAAGAAUGAAGGAGGAGUUGGUGGUGCAAGAAGGGUACCUUUUCAAAGAAGAGACGAAGCUCACAGUGCUCAAAACAUCCCUCUUCUUCAGCGGUGAUGGCUUCGCUGUCUACGAUUCCAAGGGCAACCUCGUCUUCCGCUUCGACUCCUAUGGUCCCCUCGCACGUGACAAGGACGAGCUUGUUCUCAUGGAUCCCCAUGGCCGUUCUCUUCUCACCCUCCGUCGAAAGAAACCGAGUCUUCAUCAACGGUGGGAAGGGUUCAAAGGGGAGAGAAAGGACGGUGACAAACCCGUAUUCAGCGUGAAGAGAUCGUCGAUCAUCGGACGGUCGAGGACGAGCGUGGCCGUGGAGGUGUAUGAUAGCCCCGGUGUGGAGUACCUCAUUGAAGGGUGCUUCCCGCAGCGGUGCUGCAAGGUUUUCAAUGCCGCUAAGGAACUUGUGGCAGAGAUUCGUCGCAAAGUGGACCCCACCACCAGCGUUAUGCUCGGGAAGGAAGUCUUUUGGCUUUGCGUGAAGCCUGCUUUUGAUGCGGCCUUUGCCAUGGGAAUUGUCUUGGUACUUGAUCAGAUCAACGGUGAGAAUUACUUUGAUGAUAGAAUCGUGGAGCCAGCGGUGCACCCUGCUACAGAAGAUCCGGGGUUUGUUUCACCGGUUCCAGUUUGAGAUGAGAUUUGUGUUUUCUGAUUCUGACGUUUUACUCACUGAUCGUUCGAGUGUUCCCUCUGAAAGGGUUUUCUUCUCUCUCUUUUUUUUCUGGCUCGUCUCGUUGUUUUUUUUUUUUGUGUAAAAAAAAAAAAAUAAUGAUGAUGUUCUGGAUCAUAAUCACUAUUCGAUCUUGUACAUUUUAUAUGCAUAGAAGAUAAAGAAAAACUCAUAUGAAUUUCCCAUGUCUUGAUCAUUGGCUGAAUGGAUGAUUUCAAUUAAAUGGUUUAAUGCUGUACAACAACACCUUCCAAACCUGAGUUAUGGUUCAAUUAAAUAAAGUUCCUUUUACCA